AUGACCUGGUCGCACCUCCCGUCAGAGGUGCUCGAGACUAUUGUGACGUAUCUGGACUUGGCAAGCAUCAAAGCUCUGCGUCUUGUGGACCGGGAGCUUAGCGUUCGCUGCCUGGGACCCCACUUUGUCCGCCAUGUAAGGGCCAGCACAGAUUUGACCAGGGACAAUCUCGCCUCGCUGGACGCUCUUGGUCGAAACCCCGUGCUACGGCAACACGUGCACGACCUGACCAUUUUGGCGGUUUAUUAUGCGGCUGAUGAGGCGAAUGUGCGACUCGGCCGUCGACCGUCCCCGAAUGACUGGCGCGAGUGGGAAUGGCCGGCACCGAACCUUGAAUCGGACGUGGAAUGGCUUGAGAAGCAACGCACAGCCCAGGAAGAACUGCCAUCAGAGGACGUAAUAGAUUCGCUGACCAGGACUCUCCAGCGGUUCAAGUCCACGUCCUUGAAACGGAUCACAUUGGACGUGUCGGUGGUCCUGGGUCCGGGUAUGCGGACCAACACCCGGCACGGUGUCUGGCUUGAGACCUGGACCACUGCAUCGAAGGUAUACAAGAUGACCAUGGCCGCCGUGGCAAGAAGCGGCAUUGAAAUUACUCAUCUUGAUAUCUACCGGCAGCCGCCAAAUUGCGCCGUUUUCCUUUCCAACUAUACCCAGAUCGGAGGACUGGACUGGAAGGCCAUCGGGACGACUCUGCAGAAUCUGCAAUUGAGCCUGUGCACCGACAUCGACGACGGGGCCUGGGAAUGGGAGUACGGCCGGGAGACGAGCAGCAAGGUCAUUGACCGCACCUUUGGCCAUGUGGUCGAACUGCCACGGGGAAACAAGCCCCAGGCAGUCCCCGGCCUGAUCCAGCUAUUGCAGGCGACCCCCAACCUGCGCCAUUUAGACCUCCACCUCUAUCGCUUCCCGGUGAACUUUGAUGAGUACCAUUCUAUUGUGACAGCACUCGCCGACCAGGUUACUCUCCCGCAUCUACAGUCCUUUGCACUCUCUGGGUUCCCUGUCAUCGAGUCGUCCUUGCUCCGCUUCCUCUCCACCCAUGCCAGCCUGGAGUCUCUGACCUUGCAGGAGGUCCACAUUGUCCAGGGGACAUGGACCCCAAUUUUCACCUAUAUAAACAACAUGGCCUCCCUAACGAAGGUCCAUCUCGAUAGUCUCUGGUGGAACGUGGGGGCAGCCCCCCCAAGCGACGACGCGGGGCCGAUCGCUGCCCCAAAGAAACUAGUGAAUUUGCACACAACAUGGGAUGAGCAAGACCCUAUUACCCCAUCCAAACGGUUCCCCCAAGAUGGUGGAGACCACUUCUUCGCUGGUCCAGGCAACUACGUUGUACACCGGCGCAGCUUCCACCAGGAGGAUAUUCGCCGAGGGCUCGAGUUCCGGCCAACUCCCAAGCUGGGGAUGGGGUCCGCCAGGAGGAAUGCGUGGAAAAAUCACCGGCAUCAGACAUAUGGCCCUCCGGAGUUCAAUCUGCUUGUUCCGCCCAGACGAGGUUAGCUCUCUAUCUACGCAUAGAUUCCGUGGAAAGACCGAUGGAAAACAGUCAAAACGAUGCC